UCCGAAACCUGAGAACCUAGUCUUUGCUGCGAGUGCAAAAUUUCACUAUUUUGAAAUUUUAGCUCCGAUAGUUAGAUAGUAACGUGAUACUACGUAUAUAAUUGCCCAGUAUUGAAGGCAGAAAGUGAUAAUUCAUAAUAUUUUUAUGACAUCCCUAGCCAAACACUGUUCGGACGAGGGGUCCCAGGAGAACAGGAACCCAAGACCAGGAGAAGAGAAGGACGAACCAACCUGCACCUCUCCUCCUCCCUAUCCUAGAUCACCAACCGGUCCAUUCGUAUUCAAGGAUUAUGUGAACCACAGUUCGGACCACGAGCUAGGACGGGUUCAUUCGCCACAUUUAGCUUUUCGAACUUCGAGUCCAACUUUCGAGCAUCCUAGUCUUGUCAGUGCUUUCUCAGACGAAGGACGGUUUACGUCGUCAAGUCCUCAAGGGUUUAGUCUAGAGGAUCCAAGUUAUCCCCCGGAGGAAUCCAGGUUCUCUAGUGUUUCUCCUCCCUUGUUCCGUCUCUCUGAAGUCUGCUCACCAGUGCCGGAGUCAGAAACCCACUUUACUCCGCUAGAUUCGUCCUCGCCGAGCCACAAGGACGAGUCCUCGUCUUUCCGUCUCUCCGACCUCUCCGAGCCUGGUUACAAGCUUGAUCUACAGUCUGGUCAGCUCCAGAUACACCUAGAUCUGUCCAGUGGAGACGUUCUCAAUCUUUCAGCUCUACCAGAAGGAGACACAGAUUCUCCUCACCCGGAGCAGGAUUCAUCCUUCAUCCAACCUACAUACUAUGAAAUGAGUAGUACAGUUUCUAGCAUGGAGGAUUCGGAAACAUCACAAACCAUCUAUCCAUACUUUAACAGUACUGGAGGUUCAGGUUCAGCUCCUCUCUCCGCCAACUCUUCUAGUCCAUACAAUCUCUCCAACCGGUACAGCGACCUGUACUCUUCUCCUAGUCUUUACAGUCAAUACUAUCAGUCUGGAUAUCCAUCCUGGGCGGGGGCUCAAGCACCAGGUGGAUUCUCGAGUAAAGCUAGUGAUUAUGGAUCCAGUUACUAUGGAGGAUACUUCUACCAAUCCAGUAAUCCAUACAGUUAUAUGGCUGGGUCCAGUUCUCCUUCACCUAGUAGUGCUCCAACCAUCUACCAGCUCUCCAAUAUACCUCCUCCAUCCUCACUCACAGAGGGAGCAACCAUAGACUCAGAUCUUCUCAAAACUACAGGAUCACGAGGACGGAGUAAGCGGAGAAACAGUGGUUCUCCGGACCCGGAGAACCAGGUUGAACGUGUAUUUAUCUGGGAUUUAGAUGAAACCAUAAUUCUUUUCCAUUCUCUUCUCACUGGAACAUUUGCUACAAAGUAUUUAAAGGACGGAACCCAUCUGCACAGUCUGGGACAGAAGAUGGAAGAUUUAAUAUUCAACGUUGCGGACACAAACUUCUUCUUCAACGACCUGGAGGAGUGCGACCAGGUCCACAUCGACGACGUGAGCAGCGACGACAAUGGUCAGGAUCUGUCGAGUUAUAACUUCCUGACCGACGGGUUCAGGUCGACCACUGCGACGACAGAGGUGUAUCUGGCGACGAACGGGAUGAGGGGCGGAGUCGACUGGAUGAGAAAGUUGGCGUUCAGAUUUAGAAAAAUAAAAGAAAAUUACAAUACAUACAGAGGAAAUGUUGGUGGUUUGCUUGGAGCUGGAAAAAGAGAGGAAUGGCUGAGUUUAAGAUCUGAUAUUGAGAACAACACAGAUCAAUGGUUGAACCUGGCGGUCAAAUCAUUAAACGUGAUUCAAUCCCGUCCUGACUGUGUUAAUAUUAUAGUCACACAAACACAGCUAGUCGCUGCUCUGACAAAAAUUCUGCUGUUCGGACUAGGAUCUCUGUUUCCUGUUGAAAACGUUUACUCUGCGACCAAGAUCGGAAAGGAAGCUUGCUUUGAAAGAAUUAUGUCAAAAUUUGGAAGGAAAUCUACCUAUGUGGUCGUAGGGGAUGGAAAGGAUGAGGAGGGAGCAGCUAAAAAUAUGAAUUUUCCGUUCUGGAGAAUCAAUUCACACAAUGAUCUGGUAGCAUUCUACAACGCGCUGGAUAGAGGAUAUCUUUAAACUGAACUCUGUCAUGCAAGAAUCAUGAAGCCACACAUACAGCAUGCACUUAAUCUUAAGCAGCAUGGAGCAUCUUAAGAAACAUCAUGCUUAAAGCAGCUUCACAUUUUUUACAAGAAAAUAUGGACAAAGAACAUUGAAUCUCUUAAACUAAUCCCUGAGUUUACACCCCACCACUGAACUUUUCUUAAAGUUUGUUCUCCAGCUCUGGACUAGUCUUUCCCACUCAUGGUUUGUCUACAGCACUGGACUGAACCAUACAGCUAUCCUUACUCAGGGUUGGGUUACAGCACUGCAGACUAAUCUGGGUAAUGAUGAAGCUGAAAGUCCUGUGUACAGAAACCAGUUCUCGUGCUCUCUUAGAAAUACAUCACUUUUCAAAAUUCAAAAUAUGAUUGUUCAUUAAAUUGACUCGACACUUUAAACCUUCACUACCCCCUGUCAUACACAAAAAUAUAUGAUAAAUAUUUAAAACAAUCUUAGCGUUCUUCGAACCCUGGUUAAAGUAAACACUAGAACAUUACGUUGAAAUGGUGAAUGGUUGGUUAGUUAAAUUAGCUGAACGCGGUUAAGUGCAAUGCGCAGCAUGCCGCGGGAGAGAAUCGUGUGUUGAAAAUGUUCCAAACUUGCCAAACCAAAUCUUCAGGAACAUCUCCCACAUGGUCAAAAUUAAGAACAUGCUGUAAAUUUAAACAUCAACAAUAUGUAUUUCUUUAAAUUUUCAAUAUUAUCAUUGUUCUGACUUACGUACUGUAAGAUUUAUUAUGUUAGCUCUAUGUAAAUUUAAUGUACGAUGUGUGCUGUAGUGUACAUGUAUGUUAACUGUACACUAAAGAAGGUACACAAGGUAAUAGUAAAAAUUGGUGAAUGGUAGAUUUAUUCAAGUGUAUGUAUUACAUGAAUUCAUGAAUUACAGGCUUAAAAAUGUGAUUUAUUCAUCUCUAUUGUUCAUAAUAAAUAAAAUUUUGUAUUUA